UUUCUUAUGUUUCUGAUGUAUGUGCAGACGAAGCGCACCAAGAAGGCUGGAAUCGUUGGCAAAUAUGGUACCAGGUACGGUGCCAGUCUGCGUAAGCAGAUCAAGAAGAUGGAGGUCUCCCAGCACUCCAAGUACUUCUGUGAGUUCUGUGGCAAGUUUGCCGUGAAGAGGAAAGCAGUUGGAAUCUGGGGAUGCAAGGACUGCGGCAAGGUUAAGGCCGGCGGUGCCUACACCAUGAACACUGCAAGUGCGGUCACCGUCAGGAGCACCAUCCGUCGCCUGAGGGAGCAGACUGAGGCUUGAUCGCGGCCAAUUUGACAAAGGAGCCUGUGGAUUUUGUAGUUGAGACGGGACUCAUUCGACGCCAUGUAGCUAAAUUGACAACAUACAAUGUUAUUUACCGGCUUGUUGGGUUCUGAAAGUAUCCGGCUACAUUACGUUGUGUAUCUUGUUUUUGGCUUAUUUGAUCGUCUGACGGUACUCUUUA